UAUCAUUGCGAAAUAUGUGAGAAAUCUUUCACUCAGAAUUCUCAUCUUGUUAUCCACAUACGUAGUCAUACAGGGGAGAAACUAUUUCAUUGUGAGAUAUGUAAUAAAUCAUUUGUCUCCAACAGUAAUUUAACAAAACAUAGGAGAAUACACACCGGAGAAAAACCGUAUCAUUGUGAAAUAUGCUUCAAGUCUUUUGUCUCAAAUUGUAAAUUAACAAGACACAAAAGACUUCACACGGGAGAAAGACCGUACCAUUGUGAAACGUGUGGCGAAUCUUUCAUCUGUAGUAGUGUUUUAAACAGACAUAAAAGAAUACACACGGAUGAAAAACUUUUUCAGUGUGAAAUAUGUGAGAAAUCCUUCUUUGAUCAUGCUAAUCUUGUCAUUCAUGAAAGGAUACAUUCUGGAGAAAAACCGUUUGCCUGCGAAAUAUGUGGGAAAGCAUUUAUUACUAAUUCUAAGGUUACAAUCCAUAAACGGAGUCACACUGGAGAAAAACUGUUUCACUGUGAAAUCUGUUGGAAGUCUUUUGUCUCUAAUAAUGUCUUAACAAAACACAAACGAAUACAUACUGGAGAAAAGAACUUCCAUUGUGAAGUCUGUGCGAAAGCAUUUGGUACUAACAGUGAUUUAAUCAGACACAGAAGGAUACACACUGGAGAAAAACCAUACCACUGUGACAUAUGUGGGAAAUCGUUUACUCAAAAUUCUUGCCUUGUUAUUCACACUCGUAGCCAUUCUGGAUUAAAACCAUAUCACUGUGAAGUGUGUGGGAAAUCUUUUGUGGAUAAUAGUAAUCUAAACAGACACAGACAAACACACGCUAAAGAAAAACUGUUCAACUGUAAAACUGUGGUAGAGACUAAGCCUUUUAACUCUGAA